AUGAGAAGAAUAUUCGGCGCCAGGCAAGAAAGCCCAGAUGCUAACCUCGUCAAACGAGAAUUGAUAUUGGAUGAGCGAGUCCUUGUCAUCUCUACCUUUGAACUCAACAAGGUGGCCAGCUUGACCUACAACGAGUUGGUCUGUGAUGACAUUUUUGAAAUGAUUGAAGUCAUUCUUGCACAACCCUUGCGGCAUACCGCGCUAGCAUUGAGCAAAACUCUGACGGUGAUGCUACACUGUCUCGUGUAUGGAUCGGAAAAAUGUGUCAACAGUGGGUAUGGAAUUUCCAGAUUUGUGGAAGGGUUGAGGGAAUACAACACCGUAUUGAUUGCCCAACAACGGCAAGGGCUUGGAGGCGCGAUCAGUCGCAUCAAAGGAGGUGGUGUGGACAAAGGAGAACCGGUCCGAGAGACGGCCAAGAAGAUUUGUGUCUUGUUGGCAAACAUUAAGGAUUUGCAACGGAUACGGCACGAAAAUGCCAGCAAGGAUUCCCUUGUGCCAGUGGGCAACAACAAGGUUGGCUUUAUCACAGAUGAAGUACGUCUCUUGAUUUUGCAAAAGAGAAUUGAAAAACAAAAUCAAAUCAAUCUAAAGAGCAACUUGGCCAAGGCUGAAGGUGGCUUUGGGGGUGGCUACAACGCAGCCGAUGGCAAAUCGGUGGUCGGAGCGGCGCAUGGAAUUGAAGAAAUGAUGAAAAUGGCCAAGCAACAAAAGAAAAAGUUUUCUGAUGAAGGUAUUGCCCAAGUUGGGGAACCAGAAGAUGAACGCAUAUUGAGAGAAUUGAUGGAAGAAGCCAAUGCAGUCAAAAAGGCACAGGAAAAGGCAUUGCAGGAAGCUGCAUCGGAGCGUCAGGCACAAGAGGCAGCGAAUGCACAGGAAUUAGAUUUGUUAAGUUUUGGUGGUGGUGGCGUUGUGACUGCACCCUCACCAGCGCCAGCUGCAACGGCAGACUUGCUGGGAGGUGGAGGUAUGGAUCUAAUGGGAGGCGGAGGAGGAGGAGGUAUGACUGCGCCAGCACCAACGGGGGAUUUGUUGGGAGGAAUGGUAACCAUGGAUCCAUUUUCUGCUAAUACAGGUACUCCAGCAGCCCAACCACAGACUAGUUUGUUAAAUGGUCUCUUGUCCUUUGCCAUUGGGCAAAACAUCAGCUCGGUACCAUCAUCAGCAACUAAACCAACGCAUGUGUCAGCACCGGCUCCCGCUCCCAUGCAUGAUCCAUUUGGCGACAUGGUCCUUGGUCCAGCGUCCGGUAAUAGUGCACCAGUUUACACGGGGGAUGCUUUCAACGCUGCGCCUAGUAUAUCAGUCUCACAAGAUCAUGAUGCUGGCGUUUGUACUCUUGGAAUGCAAAACAUGAUAUUAGCCGAACAACCUCCUGCCAUGCAGCAGCAACAAACUCCAGCCCUCAUGGCGGCCAGUGAAGAUCGAUUUGCUGCCUUGGAUGCUUUGGCGGGCAAUACCAGUAGUAAUCAGUACAUGGAAUCUCCACACAUGGGAUUUGCGCUACCACCGUCAACAACUCCUAACCAGCCAUCAUUCGUUGCCACUCCUGAAUAUCCAUCACAACCUACGGCCAUCAGUGCGGGCGCUGGUCGAAUUGCAACACGGUAUGGGGAUGCAGGAAAUGAUAAUGACGAUGACGAGGAUAAUCCAUGGGUAAUGGGUGGUACGGCCGGAACUGGAUUGAGCGACCCAGUGUCGCCGCCUCCAGGAGCGGCUCCUCCACCGCCCCCUCCAUAG